AUGCCCGGGGUUAUCCAUUUUUUUGACACGAAGUUGGCUCGGGUGGUCAACAUCUAUUCAAAUUUUCAAGACUCUGUCAAGAUAUACCAUGAUUUUGAUUCAAGAUGGCAGUCGCUCAAUGCCCUUGCUCAUGCAGUCUCCAAGCAACUGAAAUCAUGCUCGCCUGAUGAAGAACAAACACUGAAAGUUAAAUCAAGUCUCAAGAACUGUGCGACAACAUUAAAGAACUUAAGCAAAAUUCUGGAUCAGUAUCCCAGUCUUGAAACACAAAAUCCCAAGUAUCAAGACAAAGUCAAAUUUGCGCGUGAGGACAUUCAGUAUUGGAGUUUGUGCCUCAAAUCCAGCAAAUCUGAGCUCAAUUCUGCGCAGCGCAUAUUAGAAAGGAAACUCGGAAAAUACCCAGCAAAGGAAGCAAAGCACCAAGGAGAAGACGGCGACGAUCUUCGACAAAAGCCGAAACGCCAAGCUGAGCACCCGAAACCGUUAGCAAGACUGAAACUGAUUCCCCAGAAGGUUUGA